AUGGACAUUGCUCAAAUCUUAGAAAAUGCCAUUUUAGGGAUCGAUCCCAACGUUAGGGCUCAAGCUGAAGCCCAAUUGAACGACGCUGCCACAAAUCAUUUCGUUGAUUACGUAGGUUAUUUAUGUGGCGUGUUAGCUGAUGAUAACGCAAAGACCGAAGUCAGAAUGUUAGCAGGGAUCGCCUUAAAGAAUCAAUUGGUAGCUAAAGAUUCUACCACCAAAUCUCAAUAUCAUCAAAGAUGGUAUAAUUUGGAUGAUACCGUUAAAUUGAAUGUUAAGAACAUUUCCAUCCAAUCAUUAUUAUCCCUGGAUGAAAGAGUAGGGAAGUCUGCUGCUCAGUUGGUAGCAGCUAUUGCCGAAAUCGAAUUACCCAUUAAUCAAUGGCCCGAACUUAUGACCCUUAUGAUCGAUAAUACUAAAGCUGACAAGGAAAUUCUCGUCAAGAAAGCUUCGUUAUUGGCUAUCGGUUAUAUUUGUGAAGCCCUUAAUCCUAAUGAUCCUAAUAUCAUCGAACAAGCCAAUGGAAUUUUAGUAACAAUCAUUCAAGGUGCUCAACCUAACGAAGAAACCAGUGUAAGAUUGACAGCUUUGAACGCGUUGGUUAAUUCCUUAGAAUUCAUCCGUUUCAAUUUCGAUAAAGAAGGUGAAAGAAAUUAUAUCAUGCAAGUUGUUUGUGAAGCUACCCAAGCUGAUAAUGUUGAUCUUCAAGAAGCAGCUUUUGGAUGUUUGGCUAGAAUCAUGGCAUUAUAUUAUCGUUAUAUGUCAGUAUAUAUGGAAAAGGCAUUAUUUAAUUUGACCGUAUCGGGGAUUCAAAGUCCUAACGAUCGUGUAGCUUGUAUGGCUAUUGAAUUCUGGUCUUCAGUAUGUGAAGAAGAAAUUGAUUUGUCAAUGCAAAGAGAAGAACUUGGUGAUUCUUUACAAGAAGAGUAUGCUCAACAUUUGAUUAGUUAUAAUUUCGCUUUGGUAUCAAUUCAAUCUACUUUACCAGCUUUAUUACAAGCUUUAACUCGUCAAAAUGAUGAUGCUGAAGAUGAUGAUUGGUCAGUUUCAAUGGCUGCUGGUGCUUGUCUUCAAUUAUUUGCUCAAAAUACCGGAUCUUAUGUUAUUGAACCAGCUUUAGCUUUUGCUUCAGAAAGAAUUUCAAAAGAUUCUUGGAGAGAUAAAGAAGCUGCUGUAAUGGCCAUUGGAUCAAUUUUAGAUGGUCCAGAAUUAGAAAAUUUGAAAGAUCCUCUUAAUAAUGCUUUAGUACCAAUUGCUGAAUUAAUCAGUAGUGAUCAUCUUCAAGUUAGAGAGACUGUAGCCUGGUGUCUUGGUAAAAUUGCCGAGAUUGCUAUCAGUGUUAUUGAUUUAGAUACCCACCUCCCAACCAUUUUAAUGGCAGUAUCCAUUGGAUUAAAAGAUCAUCCAAAAGUUAUUACCAAUUGUUGUUGGACUUUUAUGAAUCUUAUGGAACAACUUUGUACACAAGGACCUCAUGAACCUAAUACUGUUUUAUCAGGAAGAAUUGAAGGUAUUGUUGAACUUUUAAUAAACUUAUCAAAACAAGAUGAUAAUGAAGGAUCAUCACGUGAUGCUGCAUUUGAAGCAUUAUCAGUAUUCAUUCAAUCAAGUGCUCAAGAUUCCCAACCAAUAAUAUAUGAUAUGGCUACUGAUGCUUUGGCUCGUUUAGACCAAACCAUUAACCAAGGUAAUAAUCUUAGUGCUGAUAUGAAGAGUAACUUGGAAGAUUUACAAACAAGUAUUCUUGCUCUUCUUACUACCAUUAUUAGGAGAUUAGGUGCUGAAACCCAAACUGCUAGUGAUGGUCUUAUGACGACAUUCUUACGUUUAUUAGGAACUUUAGAACCUAAUGCUUUAAUUGAAGAAGAUGUCUUCAUCGGUAUAUCUGCUGUGGCCAUUGCUAUUGGUGAUAAUUUCCUUAAAUAUAUGGAUGCUUUUGCACCAUUUUUAGUUAAAGCUUUAACUAAUACUGAUAGUCCUACUGCUAGUACUGCUAUAGGGAUUGUAGCAGAUUUAGCCCAUUCUUUAGGUAAUUCUAUUCAACCUUACCUUCAAGAAUUAAUGAAUAUUUUGGGUAGUAACAUCAGUAAUGACCAAGUUGAAAGAUCGUUGAAACCGGCUAUUUUCUCCUGUUUUGGACAUUUAGCCACUUCAUUAGGAAAACUGUUUGAAAGUUAUAUCGAAUUUGUAUUCCAAAUGUGUAGAUUGGCCAAUAGUAUUCCUGACGAUGGAACUUCCGAUACUGCUGAUUUCUUAUUUAAUAUCAAAGAAUCAGUAUUGGAAUGUUAUUCAGGUAUUGUUGGAGGUUUACAAGAAAAUGGAGGAAUCUUAUUUCCUUAUAUGGGAGAAAUUUUUCACUUUUUAGAAGCUAUAUCUAUUGAUAUUGAUUUGAUAAGUAUCGAAUCUAUUGCAUCAUCAAUUGUAGGAUUAUUAGGUGAUAUAGCAUCAAUGUUCCCCCAUCAAUUCUCUCAAGUUUAUUCAAGUGCUUGGGUAAUUGAAGUUAUUAAAAGGACAAGAUCUAAUGUUAAUUUUAGUGAUACUACGAGAAAUACUGCUAGAUGGGCUAGAGAGCAACAAAGGAAUCAAAUAAUAUGA